AUGGCGGGCUGCUGCUCGGUGCUGGCGGCCUUCCUCUUCGAGUACGACACGCCGCGCAUCGUGCUCAUCCGCAGCCGCAAAGUAGGGCUCAUGAACCGGACCGUGCAGCUGCUCAUCCUGGCCUACGUCAUCGGGUGGGUGUUUGUGUGGGAAAAGGGCUACCAGGAAGUGGACUCUGUGGUCAGCUCAGUUACUACCAAAGCCAAGGGUGUGACGGUGACCAACACUUCUAAACUUGGAUUCCGGAUCUGGGAUGUGGCCGAUUACGUGAUUCCGGCUCAGGAGGAGAACUCCCUCUUCAUCAUGACCAACAUGAUCAUCACCAUGAACCAGACCCAAAGCUUCUGUCCCGAGCUCCCAGAUAAGACCACUUUGUGCAAGACAGACGCCGACUGCACCACUGGCUCUGCAGGCACCCACAGCAAUGGAGUUGCAACAGGAAGAUGCGUGCCCUUCAACAGGACUGUGAAGACGUGUGAGGUGGCAGCCUGGUGCCCGGUGGAGGAUGACGGACAGGUGCCAAAACCCGCUUUUUUAAAGGCUGCGGAAAACUUCACCCUUUUGGUUAAGAACAACAUCUGGUACCCCAAAUUUAACUUCAGCAAGAGAAAUAUCCUUCCCAACGUCACCACUACCUACCUCAAAUCAUGCAUUUACGACGCUGUAACAGACCCUUUCUGCCCCAUCUUCCGUCUUGGCAAAAUAGUGGAGAGCGCAGGGAAUAGCUUCGAGGACAUGGCCAUUGAGGGCGGCAUCAUGGGCAUUCAGAUCAAAUGGGACUGCAACCUGGACAGGGCCGCUUCCCACUGCUUGCCCAGGUACUCCUUCCGCCGCCUGGACACCCGGGACCUGGACCACAAUGUGUCCCCCGGCUACAAUUUCAGGUUUGCCAAGUACUACAUCGACCCAAAUGGCACCGAGCACCGCACGCUCAUCAAGGCCUAUGGCAUCCGCUUCGACAUCAUCGUGUUUGGAAAGGCUGGGAAGUUUGACAUCAUCCCAACUAUGAUCAACAUCGGCUCCGGCCUGGCCCUUUUAGGGGUGGCCACAGUGCUGUGUGACGUCAUAGUCCUCUACUGCAUGAAGAAGAGAUACUACUACCGGGAGAAGAAAUACAAAUACGUGGAAGAUUAUGAGCAGGGCAUUGACAGCGAGAUGGACCGGUGAUGCCCGCCCCUCACCUGGGCUCCCCACGGCCCUCACUGAGUGGAGAGCACAGAGGAGGGAGAAAAGGCUGCCAUGGCACCCUGAGAAGUCCCAGAUCCUGAAUCCGCCUCUGCUCCACACGCACUUCAGGGUUGCCCCGCUGCUCCCGUGUCAAGUUGUUGGACGUACGUUGUUAACCACCCUGUCCUCGGCCAGGCCGCCUUUGCUGUCCCUUCAACUUGCAGUCCUGCGGGCGGGCUGUGGCCCAAGGACGGUGACUCGGCUGGGGCAGCAGGGCUGGGGCCUUCUCCAGAGCCGGCCUUCCUCAGCCGCCACCCUCUGCGGCGCCCCCGCAAGGCAGGUCCCACAGCUGCUUCCCUGCUCUCUGGGGAGCACAAGGGCACUGGGGGCGGUCACCGACAUGUGGCUUGCCUGGGCUGCUGCUCCUCCUCCCCCACCAGACUUUGUCCAUGCAACCUCAAGGCAGAGCUCACGUGUCUCUUUUGAGAAGAGGUACGUUAAGAUGGAUGAUCCAGGACCACACAUUAAAGCAGAGGAUUUUCCUAA